AUGGCCGAUUACGCGCCGUUACUAAACGGAGUAGACCAUCCGGCGACCAUCUGCGCGAAACCUCCGCGUAUCGCCUCUCUCGAUGUCUUUCGCGGCCUCUGCGUCUUCCUGAUGAUGCUAGUUGAUUAUGGCGGCUCAAUUUUUCCGAUAAUCGCUCACUCGCCGUGGAACGGUCUCCAUUUGGCAGACUUUGUUAUGCCUUUCUUUCUAUUCAUUGCUGGAGUUUCUCUUGCUCUUGUCUACAAGAAGGUGACAAACAGAGCAGAAGCUACAUGGAAGGCAGUGUUUAAGGCCCUAAAACUUUUUCUUCUAGGCGUUCUGCUUCAAGGUGGUUAUUUCCAUGGAGUAACUUCCUUGACUUUUGGAGUUGACAUUGAAAGAAUACGGUGGUUUGGAAUUCUGCAGAGGAUAGCACUUGGAUAUAUUGUUGCGGCUUUAUGCGAAAUCUGGUUAUCACGUCAGACAUGGGGUGAAGUGGGAUUUUUCAGGAGUUAUUACUGGCACUGGUGUGUCAUCUUUUCAUUAUCAGCCAUAUACGCAGGGUUACUGUAUGGUUUGUAUGUACCAGAUUGGGAAUUCAAAGCAUCAACACCAACUUCUGUGCGUCCCUCUAAUGAUAGUUUUGUUUAUUUGGUGAAAUGUUCUGUGAGAGGAGAUCUUGGACCUGCCUGUAAUUCUGCUGGCAUGAUUGAUCGUUGUAUUCUGGGUGUUGAUCAUCUAUAUUUGAAACCGGUUUACAGGAACCUGAAGGAGUGCAACUUGUCUGCCGAUGGUGAGGUUCCAGAGAGUUCGCCUUCAUGGUGUCAUGCUCCUUUUGAUCCAGAAGGUAUUUUAAGCUCCCUAACAGCUGCAGUGACCUGCAUAAUUGGACUUCAAUAUGGUCACAUUCUUGCACACAUAGAGGACCACAAAGGGCGCCUAAAUGCUUGGUCCUUGUUUUCAGUUUCAAUCUUUGUCCUUGGUUCAUUCCUUGCCUUCAUAGGCAUUCCUGUAAAUAAAUCUCUGUACACAAUCAGUUAUAUGCUAAUUACUUCAGCUUCUGCGGGAAUCACAUUUUGCGCUCUGUAUCUACUGAUCGAUGUUUACGGUUACAGGUGCAUUACAUCUGUGUUGGAGUGGAUGGGAGUACAUUCUUUAAGUAUUUUUGUUCUCGUAACUUCCAACCUAGCCAUUAUUGCGAUACAAGGAUUGUACUGGUCUAAUCCUGAAAAUAACAUUGUUCAUUGGGUCAUCACACGCUUUGUGCACAAGUGA